AUGGUGCUCCCCAAGCACGAGUUGGAGGGCAAGCUGGGCGAGGAGACGGCCCUGAUUGAGAGCAGCGCCCUUCGGGACGAGAACCCCCUCGAGGAGAGCGACGAGUUCAACCAGCUCAUCCUGACCUGUCGAAAAGGCGAUCUCCGCAGAUGCCAGGAGCUCAUCAGCCAGGGGGUCAAUAUCAACGCCAAGGAUCGCUUCGACUGCACGCCUCUCAUCAUUGCCAGCCUCUGUGGGCAUUAUGAGCUUGUCCAGCUGCUACUAGAGUCAGGCGCGCUCGCCGAGCGCAACACGUUCCAAGGAGAGCGGUGCAUAUACAACGCCCUCAACGACAGGAUUCGCAACCUCCUCCUGCAGUACGACUUCUCCAAGACGUCGGACCCGUACGUCUAUUGGUCCGGCCACCUGGCGAGCCUGCUCACCCGCACCGUCCCGUGGACCUCGGACAUCUCCCUCUCCUCCGGGUCGCAGGCCUUCCACCUCCACAAGUUCAUGCUCGCCGCCCGGACGCCCUACUUCCGCAGGAAGCUCGAGGCGCAGCCCGGGACCACCUCGUGGAGCCUCGCGGGCGCCGUCCCCGCCGAGUCGGUCCGCCUCGUCCUCGGGCACAUCUACCUGGCGGACCUGCCGCGGGACCUCGCGCCGCCCGGCGGCUCCGUCUCGGAGGAGCAGGUCGCCAGGGGCCUGGACAAGAUCAGCCGGCAGCUCGGGCUCGACCACCUGUGGGAAGCCAUCAUGGCGGGCCACGAUCGUCGCCUGGCCCGGCAGCGCUUCCGGGACGAGGAGGAGCGCGCCCUCGCCCAGCUCGGCGACUUCUUCCGGUCGAGCGUGCUGGGACGCAAGGUGGUGGUGGACGCGGACCGCGUCGGCGACGUGGGGUGGAAGCACGACAACCCGGCCUUUGCCGACGUCCUGCUCAGGGCGGACGAAGCCGACGAGGACGAGCCCGAGCCCGAGCCCGACGCGACCACGGCGACGGGGCGCCCCCCCAGGUCAGCCGCCCUGUACCCGGUCCACAAAGCCGUUCUCAUCCGCAGCGAGUACUUUGCAAAGAUGUUCUCGGGGGACUUUGUCGAGUCCCAGCGCGCCGAGCACCUGCGCAUCGUCACCGUCGACUUCUCGCCCGCCGUCCUCGAGCUGGUCCUCACCUUUCUCUACACCGAAACCAUCGCCUGCCCGCUCCAGCACGCCCUGGACCUGCUCUACGCCGCCGACAUGCUCCUCCUCGACGCGCUCAAGGCCAAGGCCGCGCAGGCCAUCAGCACCCUCGGCAGCGGAACCAGCGACACGCCCCUCGCCCACGGCGUCCCCGGCAAGGGCGGCCCGGCCCCACCGACGGAGCCCAUCAACAUAUACGACGUCAUCCACGCGGCUUGGGAUCUCGGCGUCCAGCGCCUCGAGGAGUUUGCCGCCCGCUACCUCGCCAACCGGCUGGAAGACUACGUCGACGACCCAGACUUCCAGGACCUCAUCCGUGAGAGCGCCGAGCGCAUCCAUCGUCGCGAGGAGACCGACACCAUUGAGCUGCUGGACGACAUUCGGUACCAUCUCUCCGAGCGCUUCAGGCUGCGGUUCGAGGAUGCCGGCCUGGACGAGAUGAUGCGGGGGGGGGACAGGGGGGACGGCGACGGUGCCGAGGCCGCCGCCAAGUCGUCCGCCGGGACGGCAUGCGCUGUGCCCGCGCUGGAUGGGGGCGAGGCACAAGACGAGUUUGCGUCGGACGCCCUCAGUUACCAGAUGCUGCUGGGCAAGAUUGACGCCAUGUUGGAGCGGUUGAAGCUGGAUGCGUAG